GGUUUUCCUAAUGUAGGGGAAUGGAUAUACGAAUUUUAAAGGCCUUUAUCUUCAUUCUUUUGACUGUGACUGGUAUUCCAGGAAACCUUUAUAUUGUACUCCAGUUUUUGGUUAUUAGGUUACUAGAAAAGAAGCUUCUACCAUCCAACAUAAUUCUGCAAGUCUUAGCAUUUUCAAAUCUUCUCAUUGUCUGCUCUCGUGUCAUCCCACAGUCACUGAAUGCCCUAGGAAUUGAGGACCUAAUGGAUGGCAUAAACUGCAAGAUAUCUGGAUAUACCUACAGAGUUAGUAGAGCUAUGUCUAUAUGCAUCACCAGCUUGCUUAGCUGUCAUCAGUGCAUCCUUAUUGCGCCAAAUACCAAGAUCUGGGCCUAUUUAAAAAAAAUGGUGUCUCCUAAUAUAACUUUAAUCAUUCUUGCCAUUCUUUUGAUGAAUCUUGCUCUUUAUCGCACAAGUUUUAUGUAUGCUGAUGCAAGAAAUAACAACACUUCUCCAUAUACGCUUCAUCUGGUUUACUGUGACACUGAUUUUCAAACAUAUGUAUCGUAUAUUGCCAACGGGGUUGUUUUUGCUUCCAGAGACUUUCUUUUUGUUGCAUCAAUGGUUCUUGCAAGCUUUUACAUUGUGUAUGUACUACUUAAUCACAAGAAAACUGUAACAAGCAUUCUAUAUUCAAACAGAGCAAAAAGUAAAUCAAUUGAGUAUAAAGCUUCCAAAGCUGUAAUAUUACUGGUUAUAUGCUAUGUGAUGUUCAUGGGGUUGGACAAUUCUAUGUGGACCUAUACUCUGACUCUCUCAAAUGUUGGAACCAACAUGAAUGAUGCCAGGGUUGUGCUAGCUUGUGCCUACUCUGCAGUGUGCCCCAUUGUUAUUUUUGUUACCAACCCUAAACUACAGCAAUGGUCAAGGUAUACAUUUUGGAGAAGACAUCAGGAUCAACGAUCAUCCUCCUCAAGUGAAAUUCACUUGAAGCAUAUAAGUAUAUAA